GGCAGGAAGGGGGGUCGCGGACACGGCGCCCGCUGUCCGUGCCCGUGUCGCUGCCGUCGCCGCGGGGGCAGGUCGGCUGGGACUCGGCGGCGUGGCGCGGCUUCCUCCCGUUCUGAAGGAUGACUGAUGCUGGUUUCUGUGAUGCCACUUGACGUCUCCGGUGCUGUGAAUUGAUAAGGAACAUGCAGAUUUAACUGGACAACGUGGGCAGAAAGCACCAGUAGCACCACUCUUUUUCAGCUCCCUAAGUGGACAGAAGUACAGUGUCAUCUGUCUGCAAGGGAAGAUUCUUCAACAGCUUUUUACAGCUAAUAAUAGAGACAACAUAGCAUCAUCCACCUUCCUGAUUUACAGCGCAUCACCUUCCAAGACAGAUGGUCUGUCAGCAGCUGGAGGAUGCCCGCAGAGCACACAAUAAUGAAGUGGUGAAAUGAUACUGCUGCUGCUGCCGCCUAAUUGUCAGGAUCACAGCCGAUAGAACCACGCUGCCCUUUUUCUGCUCACUUAAUCAGGCCAGAAACAGCAGGGUGGACAUGGCUGGCCUUGUUAACAACCUGCUAAUACUGCUUCUUCUGUUUCAAAACAUCUGCUUGGGUUUCAGAAGCCCGCUUUCGGUCUUCAAGAGAUAUAAAGAUACAGCCAGAUCUCUUUCCAGUGAAUGCCUUGGAAGUGAGCAGCCAGUGAUUUCACUUGGUCUGUCAGAUUUUGCACUGGACAUUCGCAUGCCUGGGGUGACACCUAAGCAGUCUGAUACCUACCUCUGCAUGUCAGUACGCCUGCCAGUGGAUGAUGAAGCCUAUGUAGUUGAUUUUAAGCCUCAUGGCAGCAUGGACACAGUCCACCACAUGUUACUCUUUGGAUGUAAUGAACCCUCUUCUACUGAAAAUUACUGGGACUGUGAUGAAGGAACGUGCAGAGAUAAAUCUAACAUUUUGUAUGCUUGGGCAAGAAAUGCUCCACCCACCAGGCUACCUAAAGGUGUUGGAUUCAGAGUUGGAGGAGAAACAGGUGGCAGAUAUUUUGUGCUCCAGGUACACUAUGGAGAUAUUAGUGCAUUUAGAGAUAAACACAAGGACUGCUCUGGUGUAACUUUACAUCUGACACAUCAAAAGCAGCCUUUGAUUGCUGGAAUGUAUCUAAUGAUGUCUGUGAACACUGUCAUACCACCAGGCGAGAAAGUGGUUGAUGCAGACAUUGCCUGCCAUUACAAAAGAUUUCCAAUGCACCUUUUUGCCUACAGAGUUCAUACACACAGACUAGGUAAAGUAGUGAGUGGAUACAGAGUGAGAAACGGUCAAUGGACAUUGAUUGGUAGACAGAGUCCGCAACUACCACAGGCUUUCUACCCAGUAGAACAUCCAGUAGAUGUGAGCUAUGAUGAUAUCCUGGCAGCCAGAUGUGUGUUCAGUGGGGAAGGCAGAACUACAGAGACACAUAUAGGGGGUACAGCCAAUGAUGAAAUGUGUAAUUUUUACAUUAUGUACUAUAUGGAAGCCAAGCAUGCUGUCUCAUAUAUGACCUGCACUCAGAAUGCAAACCCUGAGAUGUUCAGAAAUAUUCCACAGGAGGCAAAUAUUCCUGUUACAAUCAAGUCUGACAUGCUGAAGAUGACACAUGGGCAUCACGAAGAAACCAAGGAUAGUGAUACAAGUUCCUUGCUGCAGCAGGCCAAAAAAGAAGAGGAAGAGAUUUUGGAUCAGGAAACCAAGGAUGGUGAUAGAAGUUCUUUGCUGCAGCAGGCAAAAAAAGAAGAGAAAGAGAUUUUGGAUCAGGGUGAUUUCUAUUCACUCCUUUCCAAGCUGCUAGGAGAAAGGGAAGAUGUUGUGCAUAUGCAUAAGCAUAAACCUACAGAAAAGGCAGAAUCGGAUCUUGUAGCUGAGAUUGCUAAUGUAGUCCAAAAGAAGGAUCUUGCCAGAGAGAUCACAAAUCAUGAUGAGAGGGACGAUACUAUUCUUCUCAGAGACAGAAUUCACAAAUUUCACAGACUAGAGUCUACUUUGAGGCCACCAGAAAACAAACAUUUCUCUUUGCAACAGUCUAAACAUGGUGAGGGAAGCUGGGAAAAAGAACAUACAGGAGAUUUUCACAUAGAAGAGGCUGUGGAGUGGCCUGGGUUAGACCUCAAACUAGGCCAAGUUUCUGGGUUGGCUCUGGACCCUGAAAAUAACCUUGUUAUCUUCCACAGAGGUGAUCACGUUUGGGAUGAAAAUUCUUUUGACAGCAAAUUUGUUUAUCAACAAAGAGGUCUUGGACCAAUUGAACAGAACACGAUUCUUGUGCUGAAUCCAAGUAAUGCAAAACUGCUCCAUUCCACAGGCAAAAGUCUAUUUUAUUUACCACAUGGUUUGAGUAUAGAUAAAAAUGGUAACUACUGGGUCACGGAUGUAGCCCUUCAUCAGGUUUUCAAACUGGGAACAGAAGGCAAAGAACCAUUACUGACCUUGGGAGUGGCUUUGCAACCAGGAAGUGACAAAAAUCAUUUCUGUCAACCAACUGAUGUGGCUGUGGAUCCAAUCACUGGCAGCAUUUAUGUCUCUGAUGGCUACUGUAACAGCCGAAUUAUUCAGUUCUCUCCAGAUGGACUGUACGUGAUGCAGUGGGGAGAAGAGUCUUCUCUAGGCAGAGCCGGACCUGGACAGUUUCAUAUCCCCCACAGCUUAGCCUUGAUCCCUGACUUCAGUCAGCUGUGCGUUGCAGACCGGGAAAAUGGUCGAAUUCAGUGCUUCAGAUUAGAGACUGGGGAGUUCACAAGAGAGAUCAAACACAAAUCAUUUGGAAGAGAGUUGUUUGCAGUUUCAUAUGUUCCAGGUGGUCUCCUCUUCGCAGUUAAUGGAAUGCCUUAUCCUGGAGAGGCAGAACCAGUGCAAGGAUUUGUGAUGAACUUCUCUACUGGAGAAAUAAUUGAUUUUUUCAUUCCACUUAGAAAGAGCUUUGAGAUGCCACAUGAUAUUGUUGCUUCAGAAGACAGAACAGUGUUUGUUGGAGAUGUUCAUGCCAGAGCCGUGUGGAAGUUUGCAUCCACAGAAAAAUCAGAAGCAGUUGCAGAAGUGAGAUUGAAAAACAAGCCAGAAUCAACACACUCUCUAAAGGAUGCGGAUAAACAACCCUUGGUCCAACAGGCCAGCAGCACUGGAGUUUCCUUUGUCCUUAUUACAACUCUUCUAAUUAUCCCUAUUGUUGUCCUGCUGGCAAUUUUAAUAUUUAUUCGGUGGAGGAAGACAACUGUCUAUGGAGCUGAUGAGGAACACAAACUUGAUUCAAGUUCAGGCAGAAUUUUAGGCAGACUCAGAGGGAAAGGUGGUGGUGGCAUUAACCUUGGGAACUUCUUUGCAAGUCACAAAGGCUACAGCCGAAAAGGGUUUGACCGACUGAGCACAGAGGGGAGUGAUCAAGAGAAAGAUGAAGAUGAUGGCACAGAUUCUGAGGAAGAGUGUUCAGCAUCUCCACUCCCACCAGCACCUUCAUCAUCCUGAAACCAGCCUUUGAGUUCUCCCAUUAUACAAUCAACCCAGAAUGUCGGAUUCCUUUUCCCUUAAGCACGUUUAAGAUUUUGUGUAUUUAAUUGUAAACUGUUCUAGUCUCUGUGGGGCUGUACACUGGUUCCUUUAAGUUUUGUUUGGUUUGGUUACGUUUUUUAAGUGGAGCAGUGUAUGGAAGUUCCAUAUCAGUGCCGUUGGUUUUUAUGUGAACAUCUUAAUAAAGCAAAGUCUUCUAAUUACAGGACUGAUUUAAAGCAGUAGUAUUUUAUCAUCAAAUAUGGGGAUCUUGUAAAUAAGUCUUACUAUCUGCUUCAUCAAAAUAGUUUUCCCGUAAUUAUUCAGUUGCCAAUUUCUGUUUUGUGCCUUUCCUCUUCAACGUCCUUAACCUGUUGCAGUACAGAGAAAAUACAGUGCCACAAGAAAAUGAAGCUGCUAAGUCUUCUUCUAUUUUUUUAAAAUCACUAACAUUAUAUUGCAUUGAAGGAAAGAAAAAAGUCUCUAUUUAAUUUUUUUCUUCUUCCUAACUUGAUGUGUUUCUGGAAUGUCUUAUUUUUAGAUUGUAUCACUGUCAGAACACUAUUUUGAGAAGCUGAAUGUAAUUUGUGUAAUAAAGUAUUCGCAGAGCAUUA